AUGAGUGAAUCUGUGGCAAAGAAGGACGCAGUCUUUUUCUAUCUUUUUUUCUUCCAGGGUGGCUUCAUCAGAGUGAGGAAGAGAGAUUUAGAGAAGUUGACCACAGAAGUCAUGCAGCUUAGAGAGUUCCUGCCCAGAGUUGUGAAUGGGGAUCUGAUGGAGAUGCUGCAUAAAGCCCGAGCAGCUCAGACAAUGAAGGAGCACAUUGUGAAGGAGCAGAUGAGGCAGGAGUGUCUGCACCUGCAGUCUCGACUGGACGCUGUGCAAACUGAGAGUCAAAAAGAGAAAGAGGAAAAGCUGCUGUUACGUGAGCAGCUGUGGCAGAGCAGAGUGGAGCUGCAGCAGCAGGCCGACUUCUGCUCCGGUCUGGGAUCUGCUGCCUGCAGUCUGCUGUGGAGCUGCUCUGCCAAGGAGGACACCGUCUCACUGUGGCUGGCUGAUGUGAGUCAUCUUCAGUUGAUGCUGAUGGCGCUCUAUAACGUGAGCAUCAGUCUCAAAGGACUGAAGUACCUGAGUGAGAACCAAGGAAUCCUCCCUCUCAUCUGGAACCUGCUUGAUGACGGACACUGGGAGGUGUGUCUCCACUCCCUGCGUCUCCUGCAGUCCAUGUUGUUAGAGGACGACGUGUUGCUCCUGUUGGGCUCCUCGCUCCUGGAUCCAGACCUCUGUGCUCGCGUCAGCGGGCUCGCUGCCAGCAUGCAGCCAAGCCUGAGACUGACUGCUCUGCAGACCUUGGAGGACCUUCAGGCCCUCCAGCAGGGCCGGGCCUGCAAACAGAGUGUGUGACGAGGGAGGAAUUGAAGUGAAAGAAGAGCCUUUCUCACUGCAUUGUUCACCGUUCAGCUUCUAUAUACGUUCACACUGCUGUGCAUUGUUAGUGCUUAAAGUGCAUGUAGAUCUGCAUUGUUAAACCUGUCCUAGUAAAGAUGUUUGCAGUGCA